AUGACUAUACAGAGUUACAUUAGUGCUAAAGAUAAUCAAUAUUAUGAAGAAUUUUCUGAAGCAAUUUCAGAAACCGAAAGAAUUUUAAUAAAAAGUUUUAAAAGAAUAGUAAUAAGAAGUAAGAGGGGACGUGGUGUAGCCGUCCUAGGAAGUAAGGAUGUACAAGAACACUUAGAAAUGAUUACAAAAUGUAAAGAUUUACUUUUAAAAAUACCUAGAUUUUAUCUUUUUGGUAAUCCAAAAUUUGAUAAACAAAUUCGAUGGUAUAAAGUAAUGUCAAAGUUUGCUAAAUUAUGCGGAGCUAAAAAUCCCAGUGCUCUUACAUGUACAAGGUUGCGAAUACAUCUAGCAACGCUAACCCAGUUGUUUACAAUAUCGGAAAAUGACAUGGAGCAACUGGCUUCAUUUAUGGGACCCACAUUAGAAGCUUUUGCAAAUCCCGAAGACUCGAAACAAAUGAAGAUAGAUCCACAAGUAAAUGAAAAUGUGGAGAGGGUAAGAAGGGCACAUUUAAAUGAUCUGGAAAAUAUCCCACUCUUUUUCGUCGCUGGGUUAAUAUACACUUUUGCAAAUCCUGGAGAAACAGCAGCCAAGGUACUAUUUGUAGUGUAUGUAGUCACGAGAUAUUUACAUACUAUCGUAUAUGCUGUUGUUCCUAUUCCUCAACCAGCUAGAGCUCUAUGUUGGAGUACCGGAUAUAUUAUUAAUAUAUACAUGGCGAUGUACAGCUUGAUACAUUUUCUAAAAUCAAGUUCAGUUUGAUCUUUCUAAUCUUGAUUAACUGUAUUGCUCCAAUAAGAGUAUAACAAUUGUUACAAACAAAAUUAACUUAUAUUAGGCUAGAAAUUAUUUUAGUUAAGUUAAAU